UAAAUUUCUCAAUUUGGCAUGUUUAGACUAGGGCGCCUCAAUGAUGAUUUAGUCGUCAUAGUUCGGAGGGAAAAUCUAGUAAGAAUGGGAAGGGGUCGAACAAGCAAAAUCAGGCGCGACAAAGACAAGUGUUUUAGUCAAUUUAUCAUCAUUUUAUAUAACCUAGAUUUCAUCACCAUUUUUAUUUAUUAUUACAAGUUCUUCCCAAUUUCAUAUGUUUAGGUCAGGGCGCCUUGACGAUGAUGUAGUCACAACAUUCCUUUGAUGGGGAAUCUGGUAAGAUCGGAAAAGGAUCGAACAAGAGGUGCCAAGCACGACAAAGAUAAGUAUAUUCGUUAAUUUUACCAUUUUAUAUAACCUAGAUUUGAUCGCCAUCUAUAUUAUUACUGAAAGUAAAGUUCUUCCCAAUCAAGUAUGUUUAGACUGAGACGCCUCAAUAAUGAUGCAGUUGCAACAGUCUUCAUAUAGGAUAAGUAUCUACUUCAAUUCCUCAUAAUUUCAUAUAACCUAGAUUUGAUCACCAUUUAUAUUUAUUAUUGCUAGUGUAGUUCUUCCCAGUAAAAGUUAUAUAGACUUAGGCGCUUCGAUGAUAUGCAGUUGCAAUAGUCUUUUAAUGUUAAAUCUGCUAAGAUUGAGAAGGGGCCACAACAAGCGAUUCUAAAAAUGAAAAAGAGAAUUAUUUUCUCCAAUUCUGCACCAUUCUAUAUAACAUAGAUUUGAUCGUCAUCUAUACUCAUUCCUGCAGUAAAUUUUUUCCCAUUUUGCUACAACCUUUCCUUUUCUUUAGUUUUACACGCGCUUCAAAAAAACGUGACUACACUUCAAUAUUAAAUCAAAGAAAUUGACCUUUUAUUUAAAAAAAAAAUUGUGGCUUUAGUGCAAUAACUUUUUAUAAAUAAGGGAACAAAUAAAAUAAAGGUGAAGUUUUGGGUUGCUUAAGUUUCAACCUGUCUUAGAAAUUGACUUCACGACUAAUGAGUACAUUAGGGAGGGACUAUGCUUGACUAUGACAUGUAUAUUAUAUAUGAACUUAUGUUUGUAAUUAAAGUUGAACAUUUCUGAUUCGUAACAUAAUUCAGGUGAUCAACAACCUGAGUUGGACCAUGGCAAACUCAACCAAAGUACAAGUAUAAAUUCCAUAAAGUUACAUUUCUUUAAUCACUUCCUUAAACAAUGCUUACACUGAUGUCAAUCAUUAAUAGCUCAAUCUCAAACAAACUUAAUGCUUGCAAUUUGUAUCCACAUUCCAUGUAUAUGUUUUACUAUAUGGCACCAUUGAUUGUUAUUUCUAGUUGCUAUAUGUAUUUUUUGAUUAACGAGAGUAAGUACCAGUACUCUGAUCUUAUAGAUAUUUAUAUAAAUACAUAAUAAUUGGAAUAAUAUAUUUUAUCAAUUUAUAUAUUUUAUUAAUUUAUCUUUGAUUUUAAACAUAUGCUCAAAGUAAAACUAUCAAUUAGUCGAGAUUAGUCAAUGUAAGAUAUUUAUAGAAUUGAUAAUAUCAAAGCAGAAGUCAUUGUAUUAUUACGAAAUAUGCAUAAAACUAUUGUAACAUGUGGUACAACACCAUUGACACAUUAUGUUUGUUUUGCCAUUAUCAUCUUACUAUAUAAUUAAUCUAAUUUGCAAUAUCCAAGUAAGACUAGCUAGAUUCUAUGAAUUGGAUGAUGUAUUAUCAUUCUUUGACUUACAAUCCCAAAUAUUUAAGAAUUUCACAUUGCCCAAAUGUAUAGUUAGUGUUAUUAUUUCUCUUAGAUGGUUAAUUAUUAAUAAUUAUAAUAUAAUAUCCUUAAAAAUAAAAAAGUUACUUAAAUUGUACAGUUGAAAAUUUAAUCUUUAGAUGAGUUUGAAAUUAAAUACUACACAAUCCACAACAGAAAAAUACAUUAUACACUGUACCAACUAACCCUGGUUAUCAUCAAGUAAGUGUUAGAACAAGGUUAACCCACGUUAGUCAGUGACUCCUAUAUAAAGAAUCCAAACUUAUUCAGUGUUGGCAGCAGAAGCAAAAAGAGUACUCAGAGCUCGUGCCAAAUGUUGUGGCCAUAGCGUGCAAAAUGCAAGAAAUGGAGUUCACGCCUUUGCAAAUUUUGGCCUUUUAUAACCUUUGGUGGGUGGCCCUUUUGAUUUUGGAUUGAACAUUUGCUCUUUCUAGUUUCACUCUUGAUAUAUGUAUGUAUCGAGAAUCAAUUUUUUCCUUUUUUGAAAAUUAUUUGUUUGGCAGCUCAUUUACUGUGACUCAGAGGAUUGGGAACUGCAGAUGGACACUUGAAUGAUCAAAUUGCAGUAGUAUUUGUAAAUCUCGUAGACAACAUAAUCAAAAUGGUUGAUCAUAACAGCACUGAUGAUGCCAAUGAAAAGUCAUUGGUGCUUUCGGACCAGGAAAAAGGAAGUAGGAACAAGAGGAAGUUCUUAUCUGAGUUUCCUCCUAGUGAUUCCCCUGUCCUGUCUCUUACUGAGUUUCCAAGAUAUGAAUUAUUAGAGAAAAAACUGCAAAGCACUCUUAAUCAGCUCAAGUCAUUAGAUGGUGGGUGUCAACAAGGAGUGGAAAGGUCAGCAGAUGCAGAUUGGGAAGAACCAAUAACAUGUCAACUCGAGGAACUUUUAUCACAAAACCUGUCUGCUACUUUCCGGAGUGCAGUCAAGAGGAUUGUUGAGUGUGGAUACAGUGAGGAAAUUGCUGAACGGGUUAUAUUGAGGAGUGGCCUCUAUCAUGGUACCAAAGAUACCGUCUCAAAUAUUGUUGAUGGUGCUUUGGCUUUACUGAGUAGGGAAAAGGAUUUUGAUACCUCUAGACAUCUCGCGUUUUCUGAUUUACAUGGGCUGGUAGAGUACACCAUGCUGGAGAUGAUAUGUGUGCUGAGGGAGGUUAAGCCAGCUUUCACAGUUGCUGAAGCAAUGUGGUGCCUCUUAAUAUGGGACUUGAACCUGGUACAUGCAUGUACGGUGGAAGGUGAUAUUCUCGAUGAGUUAUGCAGUCAAGAAAGUCUAGGCGAUAGCUUGAAGACUGAGGCUUCUGAGACUACUCAGUCAAACCCAGAUAAACUACAGUUGUCAAAACCUUCCAUCGCCAUUGCUCAAUCCAAAGUUGCUGUUGCUAGUGCAGCCCCUCAAGAACCGACUUCUAAAAAUUCACAUGUUCGUCAAGCGGCAAUAGGGAAAGGAAGUUCAGUACCUCUUCCAGAAGCAGAGGCUAAAUCCUUACCCACCAGCAGCAGGGGGCAUAAGCAGAAUCCCUCGAAAGCAGCAGUGUUAGAAGAUAAGUCGGGAGCUGGUAGAAAGGGGUCAUCCCUAAACUCCAAGAAGGAUCUUCUUAGGCAAAAGACAUUUCAGUUUGAGAAGAAUUACAAAGGCCGUAUGGGUAAGGGUUCCAUUAAGGCAAAACUCUCUGCCUGGGGCAAUAUGGUUUUGGACAAGACACUCAACCCUCCGUCAGGUUCUUCUGGUGCAGCAACGAAGAGUUCUUCCUCUAAAGUAAAUACUUCAGUUAAAAACAGUAGUCCUAUAGCAGAAGGAAGUUCUGAUAGUCUAUGCCCUUGUUCAUCCACUGCACCUGCAACUGACGACUCUGGCGUGCAAGAUACUGUUAUUACAUCGCCCGCUGUAAACAAAAAGGAUCCUUCAUCAUUAGCUUUGGAUCCUAAGUCUAGUAUAAAGGCCCCAGGCGGCAGCACAACUAGCUCUUCUGAGGUUCCAGAUUAUUAUGCUGGUAUCCCAUAUGAUGAGUCUCUGGGGAAAUAUGUCCCUCAAAAUGAGAGAGAUGCUGCUAUUUUGUUGCUAACUCCCCAUAUGAAAACACUGCAGAAAGAGCUCCAACGGUGGACUGAUUGGGCAAAUGAGAAGGUAAUGCAGGCUGCUCGGAGGCUUGGCAAGGAUCAGGCGGAGCUUAAAAUGUUGAGGCAAGAGAAAGAAGAUGCUGAAAGAUCUCAAAAGGAAAAACAAAUGCUGGAGGAAAGCACCACGAAGAGGCUUUCCGAGAUGGAGCAUGCAUUGUCAAAUGCUAGUGGCCAGAUUGAGUUGGCUGGUUCUACUCUUCACAGGCUGGAGGGGGAGAAUGCUGUGCUAAAGAAGGAGAUGGAUGCCGCAAAGCUCUUUUCCGCAGUGUCUGCUAUAAACAUGCAUAAAGCUUUAGCAACAGAGCAGGAGACAGUGAAGAAGUAUCAAGCAGGAGAGGUGGAGAAGCGCUCAUUGCAGGAGGAACUCUCUAUGCUCAAGCAUGAAACAUCUGAUUUACAGCAGCGACAAGAGAAAGUCAACAAGCGCCUGGACCAGUUUGAGGUUCUAUGGAAGCAGGAGGAAAGGCAGAAACAAAGGUUUGUACAGCAAGCUGAUUCCUUGAAAGCUGAAAGAGAACAACUCGGUGUUCAGGGAAAAGCGGCGGAGGAUAAUUUGAGAGAAAAGGCAGAGAGCAGCAUGCAAAAGCUUAAAGAAAAUAUCCAAAAGCUUGAGAGUGAAAUCUCCCAGUUGAAAUUGCAGUCUGAAAGUUCAAAAAUAGAGGCACUUAAAAGAGGCAUUAAUGUGGGGCUACCUCCUAAUAUCAGAAAGAGUUUAGCAGGCUAUGAGGAUAAUUUUGGCUCUACAGUAAAGAUGGAGAGGGAGUGUGUUAUGUGUAUGACUGAGGAGAUGUCGGUGGUUUUUCUCCCUUGUGCACAUCAAGUCCUUUGUGCAAAAUGCAACAUGCUUCAUGAAAAGCAAGGAAUGAAUGACUGCCCUUCUUGUAGGACCCCAAUUAAGAUGCGGAUUAAUGUCCGCUUUGCUCAUUCUUAACAGUUAGCAACGCUAAAACAGUGACAGGAAAAAGGAGCUGGUCGUCGGAGGAAUGAUGUUUCAGAGCCAAGACAUUUUUGUUUUUUAGUAUGUCCUUUUUUGAGGCCUUUCUUUCAUACCUUAACUGUAAUAUCGAUAGGAAAAUGCAAAAAAGGUAUAGAUAUGUAGAAAGUAAAGUGAAAAAGAGUUAGAAAGAGGGACUGGUUAAUGGGCCUUGUAAAUGCUUACUUUGAAGGUUUAAUACAAAAUGUUGUUCUCUCUG